AUGCCCUCGAUCGCCGAACUACGCCCUAUCCCGCCCACUGUGGUAGGUCCGACAACCAAGAAGGCAACACGCCCAACCAACAAACUACCCCAGUCACUCAUCGAUGGUGCUCGAGUGACAGAAAAGGAGCUCUUCGAUCCUCAGAAGCACCUGGACUUUCACCCGCCCAGUAGUAUCACCACUAUGAAGGAUAUUGGUCUUCAAGGCCAUGGAAUAUCGCCAGUUGCAGCCUCUGAGCCGUUCCCGCUAUUCACUACAGCUGCCAUCAAGCAAAUCAGAGCCGAGAUCUUUAGUGAGCCGGUACUGCGGGAUUGUCAAUAUUCGUCAAGCUUUGCCAAGAACAUGGUGAGAGGCAUGGGAAGAGAACGUGCCCCAUUUACCUGUGACGCAUGGAGCUCACCAGAGCUCCUUGCCAGAGUAUCAGAGGUAGCCGGUAUUGAUCUUGUGGUAGCAUGGGACUACGAGAUUGCCAAUAUCAACAUCUCAGCUGGUGAGGAGUCAUCAGCUAAUCUGCCUACCGAGGCCAAGCGCGAUACCUCAGCCUUCGCAUGGCACUACGAUAGCUUCCCUUUCGUUUGUGUCACCAUGCUAUCCGACUGUACCAACAUGACAGGAGGAGAAACGGCGAUUAGGACUCCUUCUGGGGAUAUCAAGAAGAUUCGGGGACCUGCAAUGGGCACUGCUGUAAUCAUGCAAGGUCGUUACAUUGAGCACCAAGCAUUGAAGGCCCUUGGUGGCUGUGAACGUAUCAGCAUGGUGACUCCAUUUCGGCCACGGGAUCCAUCUAUCCGUGACGAGAUUGUGUUGACGGGAUCUAGGGCCAUCAGCAACUGGUCGGAGCUCUACCAUGGAUUCACCGAGUAUCGGUUGGAGCUUCUGGAAGAGCGGAUCCGCUUGAAAUUGAAGGAAGAACAAAAAAGGGUCGACACAAAACGUCCCUUCAAUAUCCGCAACAUGACCGAGUUCCUGGCGGAGCAGAGGAACUUUUUGGAUGCUACAAUCAAUGAACUUAUCGAGGUCGAGGAAAUGGAUUAG